AUGAGAGCUGCGAGUGCCGAUGCGCCGCCUUUCAACCCCUCCCAAACAUCCGCAAAUUCAGGCGCAAGCAAGCGCACCACAUCCAAUGGCCAGCAGGUGGUCCUCGACUCGGACGAUGAUUCUCUACCAGACCUUGACUUUGGUCUACCCACCCCCAAAGUCAAGACAAUCGUCACGACCACCACCACACGUUCUAAGCGCAUGUCCGAAGACCAAGAGAACGGUCUACAAAAGCCGGCUAAGAAGGCCAAGGAUAACAAGAGCAAGUUUGAUGUACUUGUAAAGGCGGCCCACAAGAAUCUCGAGACAGAGCGGCAGAUCAAGGAGCACAGUGCGCUUCUGGACCAGUCCCUUGAAGAACACGCAGAUACUACCCUGGCACUCAACGAAGAACUACUUGGCCAAGCUGUGGACGACGACGAUGACCCAGAGAAAGCGCAUCGCCUCCUUCAGGCCAUGCAGAGAACAAAUGCUACACAGAUGGAGAGCGUCUACCAUUUCUUCCAAGAUCACUCGGACUCAAUACAAGCGCAGCCCAAAUUCCCCCUCAGCAGCCUGCCUAAGCAUGGAUGGGCCUCGAUUUUCAAAGUCUACCCAGUACCAGUCGAUGUAGAACUCUCAGACCCCAAGCUGCCUGACAUGAUUCACCAAUACCUGGACAAGUCUUCGAAUUUCCGAAUAGACAAGGACACCGACUACGAGCACCUCACCGCACGUUUGACAUUGCUUGACAUUGCCAUUGGGCCUGGCUUAUUGAACGUCCCGUAUCAGCCCCUAUCAAGUCCAACAACGUCAGAAACCGGCUCGUCUCCAGUCAGGGCUCCAGUGCCAGCGUCAUCAGAAGUCAAAGAUUUCAACAACGAGGUGGAUGCGCUUGCUCGGCAGUUCCAGCUACUCAGCAACUCCAUCGUCGAGGCUGGCGCUGCGGUGGAUCUUACCAUCAUGGACGCCAAAGAUUCUAUAGAGAGACUACGCGCACGACUAGAGCACGCUGUGCGGAUAGGCGGAAAGAAGGUCUACAACGUCUUUGGUGAUGAAGAUGAACACACAAAGCCAAAUCUCAGAAGGUUCUUUAAAAGCACGAGCAAAGACGCGCCGAAGAAGUCUAUCUUCGACGAACAGGACGAUGUAGCGGUAUCACUAGCCGAUGACUUGAAAGCCUGA